AUGCCGGCAUACCACUCCAUCUUCCUCGAGGAUCGGGAUGUCCCCGUAAUAGGAAACUUCCCCAUCCUCCCCCUCCGCACACGCACCCGCGGCCCCGCAUACACCCUCCCCCCGCUCCCGCCCACCGCCGACACCACCGAUGUGCCCGCCGACAGCGAAUCCUACGACUGCGUCGACGAGAUCCUCUCCCUCUUCCGCGCCAAUGUCCUCUUCCGUAACUUCGAAAUCAAUGGCCCCGCCGAUCGCAUGCUCAUCUACGGUACCUUGUUCAUCAGCGAGUGCUUGGGGAAGGUUAAGCCCGGUAUGGCUAUGCGGGAGGCUGAGAAGGCAUUGAUCAACGUUGCGCUCGACCACUUCGCUAUUCCCGGUGACGUGUCCUUCCCUUUGAACCAGGCGUUUGAGGCGCCCCGCGAUCGUCAGGAUGCGGAGACGUUGAGACAGUACCUUUCGCAAGUUAGGCAGGAGAUCGCGGUUCGGUUGCAUGCUAGAUUAUACCCCGGUGGUGAAGGGCCUUCGAAGUGGUGGCUUAGUUUCGCCAAGAGAAAGUUCAUGGGAAAGAGCUUCUAG